ACGUGCAGACAAGCGUGGCCUGCCGCGGGCGCCGCACAUUCCUUUGCCCGUGCCGUGCCAUAUUUUGAUGCCGCCAGUCAUGUGACUAAACCGGCCGGCAUUCAGUCAGUCUUGUUCAAACGUUGAGUCGGGGCGCUCGCUAGUGCCACCCGUACGUUUCGUACAUUAUACAUGCACAUUAACGGAAAAACCUUACUCUACUACGGCGUUUGGUUACCAAAAAUGGAUUGCGAGGACCUCACUUAAACAAAUUUGUGAAGUGUGUGUUAUCAAUUCAGGAUUUACGUGAUUGUGUCCGUGUUGACAUUGUGAUCUUUUCCGUUGCGAAGUAAAUAUGGAAACAAGGCAUUAUUGGGAGGAGAACGGGCAUGCCGUCAAAUACGAGAGCUACAACACGACCGAGGAGUUUCGGAACGGCGAACAACUGGGCUUCGCGGCGCCCUCGGAGGACGAGGACUACCAGGCCGGCUUUCUGAAGAAGGGGAAGCAAGAUCCGAUGUCUCACAGAAUCAUCGAGAAACGGCGGCGGGACCGCAUGAACAACUGCCUCGCAGACCUCUCCCGCCUCAUCCCCCCCGAGUACCUCAAGAAGGGCCGCGGCCGCGUCGAGAAGACCGAGAUCAUCGAGAUGGCCAUCCGACACCUCAAGUUCUUACAGGAGCGAGCCAAUGCGGCCGAUCGUGUGGCGGGCGAGGAGUUCCGUGCUGGCUUCCAGGAGGCGCUCGCCGAGGCGGCCAGGUUCCUCGUCGAGGUGCAGGGCUACGGGCCGGCGGACGGGCUGUGUGUGCAGUUGGCCUCGCAUCUGCAGAGACACGUUGAGAUGAUCACUAAAGGCGAAGCCCCCCGCGAGAAGCGGCACCCCACCUCCUCCUCAGAGACGGCCAGUUCCUCCAGCUCCUCACACAGCCACGCGCAGCGCGACGUCGUGAUUGCACGCCACCUGGAACCCCCGCAGCCCGAAUCCUAUGAACAGCCCGAGCAGUACCCGAUGGAAUGCGAUAGAGUGGCCAACGCGAUCCCAGCACCCGAGGAGGUGGCUCCGGAGGGCGAGCCCAUGGCGCUGGACGGGCGCCGCAAGAGGGAGCCAACGCUGCGGACCGUAAGGAAGCCCGAACACGGCGAGGACUUCUUACAUUCGUACAAGUUCAAGAAUUCUAUUGAGAGAAGAUUUUCGAGGUCGCAGGAUUGUGAGGCGACGGACAUGACGGUGCGCGGCGCGCCGCACAAGAACUACGGCCACAAGCGGCGACGCGCCACCAAGCCGGCGUCCUCCACCACCUCCACCUCCAACUCCAACUCGGGCUCCACGGAGGACGCUCGGGACACCUCGCCACAGGUAUAUAUUACAUUGAACAAGAACUACGGCCACAAGCGGCGACGCGCCACCAAGCCGGCGUCCUCCACCACCUCCACCUCCAACUCCAACUCGGGCUCCACGGAGGACGCUCGGGACACCUCGCCACAGGUAUAUAUUACAUUGAACAAGAACUACGGCCACAAGCGGCGACGCGCCACCAAGCCGGCGUCCUCCACCACCUCCACCUCCAACUCCAACUCGGGCUCCACGGAGGACGCCCGGGACACCUCGCCACAGGUAUAUACUACAUUGAACAAGAACUACGGCCACAAGCGGCGACGCGCCACCAAGCCGGCGUCCUCCACCACCUCCACCUCCAACUCCAACUCGGGCUCCACGGAGGACGCCCGGGACACCUCGCCACAGGUAUAUACUACAUUGAACAAGAACUACGGCCACAAGCGGCGACGCGCCACCAAGCCGGCGUCCUCCACCACCUCCACCUCCAACUCCAACUCGGGCUCCACGGAGGACGCUCGGGACACCUCGCCACAGGUAUAUAUUACAUUGAACAAGAACUACGGCCACAAGCGGCGACGCGCCACCAAGCCGGCGUCCUCCACCACCUCCACCUCCAACUCCAACUCGGGCUCCACGGAGGACGCCCGGGACACCUCGCCACAGGUAUAUACUACAUUGAACAAGAACUACGGCCACAAGCGGCGACGCGCCACCAAGCCGGCGUCCUCCACCACCUCCACCUCCAACUCCAACUCGGGCUCCACGGAGGACGCCCGGGACACCUCGCCACAGGUAUAUACUACAUUGAACAAGAACUACGGCCACAAGCGGCGACGCGCCACCAAGCCGGCGUCCUCCACCACCUCCACCUCCAACUCCAACUCGGGCUCCACGGAGGACGCCCGGGACACCUCGCCACAGGUAUAUACUACAUUGAACAAGAACUACGGCCACAAGCGGCGACGCGCCACCAAGCCGGCGUCCUCCACCACCUCCACCUCCAACUCCAACUCGGGCUCCACGGAGGACGCCCGGGACACCUCGCCACAGGACACGUCGAGCGAGUCUCCCCACCAGCACUACGAGAAGCCGCUGGCGCCGCCCGCGCAGUACGUGCCCGUGUUCGCGCUCAACUCGCUCGGCAAGUACUACGUGCCGCUGAGCGUGGACUACUCGUGCCUGGCGCGGCACCUGGGCCCCUACGACGUGCUGGACGCGCGCGCCGCGGCGCUGGCCGCGCCGCUGCACCCCGUCACCAUCCACGUCGACUUCCAGCCCUGCCUCAACUACCACGUCAAGCGCGAGCCGCACGAGCGCGACUGGCGCCCGGUCUGAGCGGCCGAGCCUUCCUGCCCCACUACACUACAGCUGUCGCUGGUGGGUUCAUCUGUUGACUAACAUUUAAGAAAGCUAAGACGAGAUCCACCAGUCAAUUACUUUGAGAAACGCGAACGUUGCGACUCCGAAGCGCUUCACGCGGUAUUAUGAUGGUUUGAACGGCCGAACUUCGUCUACCAAACUGAGCGUCUUACGGGUGAUACCUAUAGAGGUACCGCUGAAAAUGGUGAUUGAGUUAUUUCUACUUGUCGCAUAAAAACGCAAGGCAUGUGAAAUUGAAUUUUCAUAAACAAUACAGCUGUUAACUGGCAGACAACUAUGUUAUAUUACGCCAGAGUGACCGCAAAAUCCAUUAGUCAUGCUGAGAGAAAAUAACGCAAAGCAAUGGUCACAGACUAUAAGGUCGCAUCAAGACCAAGAACGGCAACAACAGUGGCUUGGUGAGAAACCGAAAGAACCACUAAACACAAUCUCGUCAUCAUUCGCUUGCCCUUAUCCCAUUCAUUUGGGGUCGGCGCAGCAUGUCUUUUUCUUCCAUACCUCUCUCUCGCCCACCUCCAAAUACAACCACAAUCACAUUCAAUUAAACUUGCUGAACCUGCGAAGUUCAAUACAAACUCCAUACCUAUGUAACGCGCUCAACACGAGAUUAUUGAUUACAGUAUAAAUGUACAGUGCUUGGAAAACAAAUAGACGCUUAUGUAGACGAUAAAGUGACGGUCUAGUGCAAAGACGAUUUUAAGUUUAACGGUAGCGGAUUUAAGUAAUUUAAGAAUUUUUAUCUAUUUUUAUUCGGUUUAGUGUUAAAGUGACUUUGGGGACAAAGUGUUGAGACAAAAGGGAUGGGAGUAAUAUAGUGUAAGUACAUAUCGAUGACAAUAAUCGAUGAUCGGUUCGUGGAAUAUUAAAGUUUAAGUUUUGACGAAUAGCAGUCGCUUUACAGAACCACUCAGGGCUAUAACCGCGAAAAUCGAAGUUCGUCGAUUGCGGGCAUCGACCUCUGUCACUCUAAUUACGUGUUAGUGAGAGUAAAAGAGAAAGAUCCCCGCAAUUUGCGAAUUUCGGUUUUCGCGGUAGGCCCCCUGUUUCACAAAACUUGUAACGCUUCGUAACCAUACCAGUGUAUGUCUGACCUGCAAAGACGCAUCGAUGCGUAUCUCAAAUUUUAAAUUAAGCUAACAAUACCUACUUACUUAUUUCAAAAUGAUCUAAACAUUUCUCGCGAGUCGACGAUAUCAUUAUUGAUAUUAUCUAAAACUUAAAGAGUAAAAUACCCAAUGUUAAACUAGGUUUUCCACUAUAAUAUUGUUAUCUUCUGAUUAUCAUAUGUCAUGCGAAACGAUGAGUCUUUGCAGUCUUUAAGAUGCUGUCCCUGAUUAUUAUACUUGAAUUUCAUAAUAAUAUUAGUAUUAAGAAGUGGUGAAACGGGUUUUAAAAUUAAAUGUUAUUUUAACAGAUUGUUAUAAAUGCAAGUACUGUGUACCUUUUUAAAGUAACUAUAUCAUGGUAUAUUUCAAUUGGUAAUUGCAAUGUACUUAUAAGAAACACUGACUGUACCAACUUCCAAUGUUAAAGGUUUGGAAAAAAUUAUACGUAAAUAUUUUAGAAUUGUUGUUUAAGCAAGUGUCAUGUUAAUAUUUAUUGUUAAUAUUAACUCAUUCCAAAACAGAUAUGCUAUUUUAUUUACCUUUAGUAUGUUUGUCUAGAAAUAGAAAACGCGUGACAGCUUUCAUUGGCAAUAUGCCUCUGCCCAAGCUGUAAUUUUAUAAGCUUUUAAGGAAGAAUUUCAUUAAAAUGUUACAUUAUUAAGGGCUUUACUUUGUUUGCAUAUUAAUUGGUUCCAUUGUGUAACCAUUUAAAUGUAUGGCUCUAAGAUCAUAACAUAAAGGAAUCGACUUAUUGUGGACGAAUUAAGAUCUAAGUUAAGGCCUUAUAAUAUCUACAAAUAUAAUUAUGGAAUUCACACAUUUAAAUAUAGGUAAGGUGUAUACGGGUAAUUCCGAAAAGGAAAAACACUUUAAAAGGGGCGGAUAAUUCCGAAAAGGGACUCUUAUUACAACGGAAUAUGAGCGAUUUUUAAAUAAUUUUCGGUAUUUCCCAAUUUCUGGAACUACCCGAAUAUACCUUAGAAGUAAAGUUAAUGAUUCUAGUUCUUAGUUAUGGCUGUGAACCAACGGUAGUAGUCAAAGAGCGUUAUUUUAUAUGACAAAUAAUUUGUUGCAAUUGGAUAUAUGCGAUUAAUUAAAAUUACACAAAGUACACGUUUUUUUUAUUACAGGAAAAGACUAAUUAUUUAUUAAGCUGAUACUCUGUUGUCAUCUUGUUGAAUUUCGAGAUAACAUUUUAACGGUAUUAUUAAAAGCAGAGAUAUAUAAUAUUAUAUUAGGUAUAUUGUUAUCUCGUUGUACGGGCAUUUUCAGAAAAAAGUGUACCAUGUAAGUACUUUGUUUUAAACCUAACAAAUUUUGGUUUAUUUCUAUUCCGAAUCUCGAACAUAUCGAUUUAAGCAAUAAAAAUGUCUCCCACAUUUAAUUAUCAGUUUUGUAACGCAGUUAACCAUACAUGUUAUAUGGACAAUGAAACUUGUAUAAUAAAUUUUUGUAUGGAAAAUUAAGGAUAAUAUGUUUUUGACUCUGACUAUAAUUAAUAGGUACAUACUCACCCCACUUUUAUAGAACUGCAAAUAUUUUGUUUAGCCUGAUUGCAACAAUGAAUUUGUUUUUAUCUAUAUUUUAAGAAUAAUUCAUUAUAUGGAUAUUUUUAUAUGUGUACGAGCAUCUACCACAAACUACUGAACUAAUAUGUACGUUUUAAGCCAGGCCUAUUACUGUUAACGCCAUGUUUUUACUCUCCCAGAGCGCUCACUAGAUGGCGUGCGUGACGGUGUUAACUGUUAAGUGAAGGGCAAACUUAAAUCUGAGCGACUCUACAGAAAUUGAGGUGCAUUAUCAGUCCUUAUUACAUUCUAAGCGUCUACCGCGAACCACGUUCGACGUGUUGCGUCUCUGUCGCACUUGUAAAUUCGUACGUAAGUGUGACAGGGAGGCAACACAUCGCCUUUGAACGCCAUUCUUAAUGUGGGGCGCGUCAUAGUGAACCUUAUCUGAGUGCACGAAGAUUGUUAUUGGGCUGUAGGCGCGCGGGACUGACCCGCAACUGUGACGUCUUAGGGUUUGGGUUAUAGGGUUUGUCCUUCACUGAACAUGUUCCACGACUUCCACGAGUGUACGCUCUAAGACUGAGUUGUUAAUCAUAACAGAGUAAAGAUGGAUGUACUAAGUAGUUAGGAAAUACGUGUCAAAUGUAUAUUCGAUGUUGAGUUGAUUGUAAUAGAUAUUUUUGUAAAUACAGUUAAGAAUUGUACGUUAAUAUUUUACGAUAAA